AUGAGUAAUGCAACAAUUGAUGAUAUUUAUGACGCAUGCGAACGUCUGGAUAAAGCCAAAGUUAAGGACGCCGAAGAUUACAAAAUUUUCAUUUCUGGUACGAAGGGGAACGAUGGAAAAGUGAAAAAACUUUGUGCUCAUAUGAUCGUUCGAUACUGGCAAGAUUUCACGGAUCUGCGGAAUGUAGCAUUUUAUUCACUUGUUUCACUGUUGGAAGAUCGAGAUCCUGAUAUUCGAAAAGCAGUGAUUCGUGAAGUAUCACAUGUAGUCAAAUCUGGGGAACUUGUUGAUAAAAUUGCUGAUGUACUGUCGCAGAUGUUGCAGCAAACGGACGAACUGCAAGAAAUAACUAUGCUUACCAACGUCCUUGUUCAGUUCCUGAAGUCUCAUCCGAAGGAUGUACUUUCUGCGAUAUUUGUUAAUGUUGUGAAGUCGGAGGAGGAAUCGGUACGUUUGCGAUUAUUGAAAUUCAUCCAGUUGCAUGUACGGGAUAUUCCUGUCAAUUUGAUGAACGAAGACUUAAUGAUAUCCAUUGAACAUCACAUCCGAGAGGUGCUUAGAGAUAUCACAGCUGUAGAAUUCGAUUUGAUUUUUAAUUUUAUGCGUUCGUUGGAGUUUUUCCGAACGGCGAAAGGACGUGUAAUACUGUACAAAAUCGUUGUUGAUCAAAUACAAAUUGAUGAACCAUUUCCUGCUAACGAUCCUCAGCGUUUUGAUCAGAUAUUGUAUUUUGUUGAACGAGCGCGAUUACUUCUUUCGGCCAGUUAUCGGGGCAGUGAACUGGUGAACUUUAUGAUAUCCAAAGGCAUUCCUGUACUUGAAGAAGUGGAUGCAGCGUUACGUAUUAGAUUUUUACGAAUUCUGGUUGAGCUUGCUCCGUUUUCGAAAUCACUGGACCGUAGUGAUUUAAUGAUUCUGUCUGACUAUUUUUCGAAGCUUAUUCCUCCACUGCCAUCGGAACGUUCCGAUGAAAAUAUGGGAGAUGUGGACGCAUCAUUGGAACAAGAAUUGCGUCUCAGCGAAUUGGAAACGACUUCCUUAGCUUUCGCAUCAUUUUGUAGAACAGACAAAACAGCUUUUGAUUACACGUUGGAACAUAGCAAGGAUUCAGCUAAUUGGAGAAAAAGAAUCAUUUACUUGGGUCGGUUGUUGCAACACUAUAUCAUUUCGGCAAAUUCUGAAUUACAGAAGAUGCGUAAAUUGGAACCAUCUAAACGAGAUACGAAUCAGCUUUUGUUUCAGCAAAAUUCCCUGAAAAUGGCAGAAAAUACUCUUCAUCUAACAAAAAUGCUUGCUCAUAAAUCGCCUUCCUUUAUUUUUGUCAUAACACCAAGCUGGAAGAUGGGAAGCAGAAAGCGAGACUAUGAGUCGGAAGUUGGAACGGAACAGAAACGAAAAAGACCUGUUCUUCAUUUCUACGUACCACCUGGUGGAAAAUAUAGUGGCAUGCUAAAUCGAGGAGGCAGGAAGAAUGGCACCGGAGGGCACUCCAAUCGACGUUGA